UAUAUUCCCUGUUCGUGUAGCAAGCCGCAUUCAUUGCUUUGUCGCGUUUGUUCCAGAGAAGCUGAACAAUGAAGCGGACAAGCUUCGUUGCCCUUCAGCUCGCUUGCGUUAUCCACGUGCACGGAUUCUUAGAAACCAAAACUCAGGCGCAUGCUUGCAUGCAACCAAAGGAUCCUGGGCCUUGUCGAUCAUCUGUACCCAGUUGGUACUUUGACGCAUAUGAGCGUGUGUGCAAGGAAUUCAUUUAUGGAGGCUGCCAAGGAAACAGCAAUAGGUUUGAAAGCAAAAUUGCUUGCGAAGCUGCGUGCUCCCAUUUGAAAAAUAAGGAGGACCGAUGUACGCAGCCGCCAAAAACUGGACCCUGCCGAGCGUAUAUGCUCAGCUGGUUCUUCGAUAAGAGGCAUCUAGUUUGCAAAAUGUUCGUCUAUGGAGGUUGUCACGGAAACGGCAACAGGUUUGCCACCGAGAUGGAGUGCCAAUCGUCUUGUCUGCCACAAUCAAGUCAACGAGGCAUCUGCAGCUUAGAUCCAAAGUUAGAAAGGUGUAAUGCACGUGCACAGUUAUGGUAUUUUGACCCUCUCGAGGACACCUGCCACCGUUGUCCGCGCGGCUAUUGUGGAAGCAGUGCCAAUAAGUUUGCAACGUGCGAAAAAUGCAUGAAGAGGUGCAGCCUUUCCGACUCAGUUAAGGCGUGCAGCCUGGCAUACAGAAAGAUCCACUAUGGAAAACAAGGCAUCUACUGGCCCGGGAAAAGAGAGCCUAGAGUAAGAGGACCUGGUGUAAAAGCACCCGAUCAUCCCGGCGUCGUACAUAUUCCUGCAGGGAUUGGAACACUGCCGGGAGGAACCGGGGCACCACCUACGCCUACGAUAGGUACUCCACCGGUAGCAGAACACGGCCAAGUAGUAAAUGGACUUACUUUUUCAGGAGGAUGGAAUUUACCACCUCCCACACGAAGGGAACCUCGACCAAUAGGAACCGUACUGAAAGGGCAACCAGGAAUAGGAGCAGUCCUACCAACUCCAACAGGUGCAGCCAAUGCUGACAGGCAUUCCAGUUCUGGGCAGGAGUGGGAAUGA